AUGGAUCAUGCCGUCAAGGCGACGCGCGGCCGCCCGCUCAACACGCUGCGCUUCGAGAACGAUGAACUGGAAUGCCUCUAUCAGCGCUACACCCUCAAGCUGCAGCGCUUCUCCGUGCUGGGCGUCGUCGCACUGGUCCUGGUCCUCUGCGGUGUGAUGGCCGCCCUGUCCCUGGCCUUCAACAAUGCGGCCACCUUUCAUGAUAACCACUGCUUGCGCAUCAAAAUAUUGGGCGAUUGCUAUUACUGUGUCUCCGGCCUGCCGGAGCCUCGCAAGGAUCAUGCCAAAUGCGCCGUGGAAAUGGGACUCGAUAUGAUCGAUGCCAUUGCCACCGUCGUAGAGGCUACCGAUGUCAUCCUGAACAUGCGCGUGGGCAUCCACACGGGCCGUGUGCUCUGCGGCGUCCUGGGACUGCGCAAGUGGCAGUUCGAUGUGUGGUCCAAUGAUGUCACGCUGGCCAAUCACAUGGAGUCCGGCGGCGAGCCGGGCCGGGUGCAUGUGACGCGCGCCACCCUCGACUCGCUGUCGGGCGAGUACGAGGUGGAGGCGGGUCAUGGCGAUGAGCGCUCAUCGUAUCUGCGGGAUCACGGCGUGGAUACGUUCUUCAUUGUGCCGCCGCCGCAUCGACGCAAGCCCCUAAUGCUAAACACGCUUGGUGUACGCUCGGCGAUCGGUAGUCGGCGCAAGCUAUCAUUUAGAAACGUCUCGAACGUGGUCAUGCAGCUGCUGCACACCAUCAAGUUCUCGGAGCCGGUGCCGUUCUCCAACAUUGCCACCGGUUCGUUCCCAUCGGCGGCUGCCGCCCUGGGCGGCGGCGCGGCACGUGGCAGUAGCACCGAUGCGACCGCUGCCAGUGUCCAGGUGUCGGAGAAGGGUUCGCGCAAGGAUGCGGUAAUACGUCUACAGAAAAUCUUGCAUGCUACCCCGCCACCGCACGGCAUCGGCUAUGGCAGCGUCGUCGGCAGCGGCGGCAGCGGCGACGGCGGCGGCGGGGCGGGCAGUGUUCAAGUGACCGUAGGCACAAGUCCCAAUUCAACAGCGAGUACGAUUAGUCGCAUACAUAGGCACAAUCACAAGAACAAUAAAUCACAGUCGAAGGUCGCGGACAAGUUCAAGCGGCCGUUCCGCAAACGUCACUCGGUGGCCGCCCAUCAUCAGCCGACGAAUCGGGUGAAUCGCUUCCUCUCCCAGGCCAUAAAUGCCCGCUCCGUGGACUGUGAUAAGUCGGAGCAUGUGGAUCGAUUGACGUUGCGCUUCCGGCAGAGCGACAAGGAGCGCGAAUAUCACAAGGACUUCGAUCUGGGCUUCACCACGGCCAUGGGCUGCUCGCUGCUGUUGCUAAUACUGGGCGCCGCCUUGCAGGUGACCGCAUUACCCCGCACCCUCAUCCUGCUGCUGUUGUUCCUCACGGCCUUCAUUUGGGUCAGCGCCAUACUGAUGCUCCUGCUGGCCGUUCGCCUAAAGUGGAUCAUCUGGGACAUAUCCGAGAGCUUCUCGCUGCGAAUGGCCAUCACAAUAUUCACGAUUAUACUCAUCUAUUCCGUGGGCCAGGUGAAUGUGUUCACCUGCGUGUCGGAUCAUCCCUGCUGGGAUAAUGGAACCUAUGUGGACGUCCAGCCCCUGGACUCGCAAGGACUGGAUAUGUCACCGCUGAUUAGCAAACAGAACGAUUCCCAUCGCAAGUGCUCCUUGCCGCAGUACGUCUCAUUGUCGGCGGCUUUUGCUUUUCUCUCCGUAUCCGUGUUUCUCAGAUUGCCGAUUAUAUUCAAGUCGCUGCUCGUGCUGGGCAUGGGCACCAUCUAUGGCCUGUUCAUUGAGCUGUCGCAUCAGAACAUCUUUGAUUGCUACGACAGUCGUGUCAAAGCAUCUAUUCCGCUUCACUUGAUCUCAUUGGCGCGCAUUGUCAUCUUUAUGAUUGCGAUAUUGGUGCACGGACGGCUGGUGGAGGGCACCGCCCGGCUGGACUUCCUCUGGCAGCUGCAGGCCUCGCAGGAGAAGAAGGAAAUGGAUGUGCUGCAGGAGUCGAAUAAGCGCAUUUUGCACAAUUUGCUGCCCGCUCAUGUGGCUGCACAUUUUCUCGAUGCGCAAUUUCGUAAUAAUAUGGAGCUCUAUCAUCAGAGCUACGCCAAGGUGGGCGUCAUAUUCGCCAGUGUGCCGAACUUCAAUGAGUUCUAUACUGAGAUGGAUGGCUCGGAUCAGGGGCUGGAGUGUUUGCGCCUGCUCAACGAGAUAAUUGCGGACUUUGAUGAGCUGCUCAAGGAGGAUCGCUUUCGGGGCAUUGACAAGAUCAAGACCGUGGGCAGCACCUACAUGGCUGUGGUCGGCCUCAUACCCGAGUACAAGAUUCAGCCCAACGAUCCCAACUCGGUGCGGCGUCACAUGACGGCGCUGGUCGAAUACGUCAAGGCCAUGCGGCUCUCCCUGCAGGAGAUCAACAGUCACUCCUACAAUAAUUUUAUGCUGCGCGUGGGCAUCAAUAUUGGUCCCGUUGUGGCGGGCGUGAUUGGAGCCCGGAAGCCGCAGUACGAUAUCUGGGGCAACACGGUGAAUGUGGCGAGCCGCAUGGACUCGACCGGGGUGCCCGGCUACUCGCAGGUCACCCAGGAGGUGGUGGACAGCUUGGUUGGCUCGCACUUUGAGUUCCGCUGUCGCGGCACCAUCAAGGUGAAGGGCAAGGGCGACAUGGUCACCUAUUUCCUCUGCGACAGCAGCAGCAAUGCGCUCAAUGGCGAGGUGCGCAACGCUAUGAUCAGCAACCGGACGUCGGCGGCGAAUGAUACGCAGUCGGUGUCACAUGCUGGCGGUGGCCUGCAUCCAGCCGAGUACUAUCAGAAGGCCUCACAGUUCCAGGAGAAUCGCCUCAAUACGGACACCUACAGCAAGAAGGAUAAUGGCCAUCUGUAUAAUGUGUGUGGCGGCGAGGAGCAGCAGCUGCUGCUGCAGCAUCAGCACCAACAGCCGCUGCCCGCACCACCCACACAGCACCACCAUCUGCAUCAGCAGCAGCAGCAGCGGCUCAACAGCAAGCUGCAGAAGCAGCCCAAUUUCAUGACCAAUGGGGGAUUGCCCAAUAUCCGGGAGAAUGGACACAAUGGCGAGAUGCAUUAUGUGACCACAAAUAUGGCGCCAGCAACACUCACUGUGGCAGUGCAACAGCAACAGCAACAACAGCAGCAGCAGCAACAGCAGCAGCAGCAACAACAACAACAGCUCCAACUCCAGCACCAGCUCCAGAUCCAGCACCAGCACCAGAUCCAGCACCAGCUCCAGAACCAGUCCAUUCCUUCGGUAAUGUUGCGCGAAUUCAAUAUAAUUGAGAAUCCGAAUACCGGUGGCAGGCAUCAACAGCUGCAGCAGCAUCAGCAGCAGCAACAGCAGCUGGAGCAAUUGCCGCCAGCGCAGCGGCCACAUCAUGCCAAUAGUCUUGAUGGCGCUGCUGUGGUCGGUGUGCUGGGCGGUGAUUGCUUUAUGGUGCCGCGGCGCGAACAGCUGCGCAGCUAUGCGCCGCCGCCGGCGCUGCCCUUUAACCAGCAUGGCCAGCAUCACCCACUGCAUCAUCUGUAUCACCAGCAUCAGCAUAUGAAUCAGCUUCAGCCAUCGUCCUCCAGCCUGGGCUAUGGCCACUGCCGGGAGAGCGAGCCGCUAUUGCAUGCCAGCAGCGUCGCGCCGGUAGCCAAGAUCAUGCCCAUGCAGCAUGCGCCAAAGUACGAGCCACCACGUUACACCUGUCCCAACUCCGUGUUGUCAAUGCAGCAGCAGCAACAGCAGCAGCAACAGCAACAGCAACUACAGCAGCAACAGCAACUACAGCAGCAACAGCAACUGCAGCAACAACAACAGUCGGAUCGCCAAUAUGCGCUCUAUUCGCAGCAACCUCCGCUGCCGCAGCUGCCACCGAAGCCGGCAUUGAGAAGCUACUUGAAGCCGCUGCCCAAGCUGCCAAACGAUAUGGAGGAGAGUCGCGAGAUGUCAUCGACCGAUGAUCUCAGCUCACGGCCGCACUCGCCGUCGAUGAGCAGCUCGGACGAGAGCUACUCGAAGACCACCGAGGGUGAGGGCGAGGGCGACGAGGACUCGCCGCGCAUCAAUGGCGGCCAUCUGCAGCGCAACGGCAUCGGCUUGGGCAUCGGCUACAAUGUGGGCCGCGUCAAUCCGCUGCAAUGGCUCUAUCCCUGCGAUAUACAAGUGGAUCCCACAUCGCCCGUUGUGGACAUGACGCAGCUGCGCGACUUCGAGCUCAGCUCGACGACCGAAAGCCAGGGCCAGCUGACCACCAGCAACACGACGAGCAACACGCAGCCCAAAGGCGACAGCUGCAACAGCUUUGACUACCAGAAGAAGGCGGGCGUGGGCGUGGGCGCGGCGGUGUCGCUGUCGGCAGCGGGUGCAGCGGGCAAUGCUGCAGUGACAGCCACCAAGUCGCCCUUUGAGAGGGAACUGCAAAGACUGCUCAACGAAUCGACGCGAGCCCGUUGCCUGGCCGCAGUCUCGGCCUCGACGGCGGCAACGAUCAAUACCGAUCAAACCACCAGCAAUUGCAGUGGUCGCCCCACUGGCGAUCUGAGCUACUCGGCGAGCAACAGCAAGCUGAGCUCCAUCAAUGGGCAUGCGCAGGGCCAGGGCCAGGUCCAGGGCCAGGGAAUGACCGAAGGCGGAUCGAGCAGCAAUGGGAAUCUCAGCGGUGGCAGCAACUCGAAUAGCGGCAACAACAACUACCACAAGGAGCUGCAACAGGAUCAGGAACUGAUCGCCAUGGCGAUGCAGGCGAACGGCAAGCUGCCCAUGAGCAGCAGCUUCAUGAUAUCGAAGCAUCCCGUCGGCCUUGAGGCCAUCAAGGAAAUAACGCGCCACAAGAACCCCUCCGAGUCCAGUCAAAUGCAAACCUCGGACACGGAAUCCUGCGAGAUAUUGCACGAGACUCGCAGUCAGAUGCAAGCGCUGGCCAUGCUCGAGCUGCAUGCGGCCAAGGAGCAGCUGCAGCAACAGCAGCACCAGCAGCAGCAACAACAGCAGCAGAGAUCGUACCGACAGCGCCCGCGCUCCAAGGAACUACAGAACAGCUACGAGAGUCUCGACCGGCUGGAUGGCUCGAUGCAGCAGCAGCAGCAGCAACAAUCGCAGCGACAGCGGCAUCACCACCACCAUCACCACCAUCAGCAGCGACAGCAACAGCAGCGCUCCAAUCAUGUGGAGCAGGAGGAACGCGAUGAUACGGAGGACAACCUGGCUGAUGAGGAGUUCGAGGAUGAUGAGGUUGGGCGUGAUGUGCGACAGAAGCGCCUGUUGCAGAGCGAGCACAAUAAGUUAAAGAACGACAAGCAGCAGCAGCAACAGCAGCAACAGCAGCAGGCGCACAACGACGAACUGGAGCAGCAGCAACAGGAAGAGCUGGAACAGGAACAGCUGAGGGGGGAGACAGCGCCGCUGACCAAUGGCAGCCUGCGCUCCGAGCAGAAUGUGAUAAACGAUGAGUUGAAGUAUGGUGCGGCGCAUCAUAACCACCAGUCCAUGGACUCCAAUCCGCUUGAGAGCCAGUCGGAAUGGUCGGACGAUGAUUGUCGCGAAGAGGCCACAGGUGGCGCGGAGUCAACAGGCUACAUAACGGAUGAGCCUGGCCUGGAGAAUAUUUCGCUGCUGAACGAGGCGGGCCUGACCGAUGCCGAGGGCGCUCUGUCGGACGUCAAUUCGCUGUAUAAUGCACCCGAUGUGGAUGACACCUCGGUGUCGAGUCGGGCCAGCUCGCGCCUGCUCAGCCUGGACUCGCUCAGCGGUCUUUACGAUUGUGAUUUGGAUUCCAAGCAUGAGCUGGCUAUUGUCAAUGCCUCGCACAAGAUAACUAGCAAGUUUGGACCACCGCCAUCGCCGGCACAACARCAGCAGCCAUCAGCAGCUGCCGCUACAGCAACAGCAGGAACACAGGCUGCAGUACAGUCGCCGGAGCAGCAGCAACAAAGUUAAAGGGAUUUGUACUUAAGAUGCAAAAGAUGAAUGAAAUUAAUGAGCACACA